AUGCUGAAGUUUACGGGGCAGAAACUUUCACUUUUGACGGAUUAUGACAUGUUAUUGAUGUUUGAGAAUGGUUUACGUGGUGGAUUGGUUCAAGCGAGCAAACGAUAUGCGAAGGCGAAUAAUGCAAAGACCUCGGACUAUGAUGAGACGAAAGAGAAAUCGUGGAUAGUAUAUCAGGACUGUAACAACUUGUAUGGAUGGGCAAUGUCGCAGUACAUGCCGUACGGUGGGUUCAACUGGGUUGAACCCACAUUAAACGGACUUGAUGAUUUGAACGAUACAUCACCCAUAGGGCGAGUAAAUCUGCAGCAGGCAAUUAAGAAUGGGUUGAAAGUGGAAAAAGUACAUAGGGUUAUUCAGUUUAACCAGUCUGACUGGUUAGCCAAGUAUAUAGAAUUAAACACAGAGUUGAGGAAAAAGGCGAAGAAUGAAUUUGAGAAGGACUUUUUUAAACUUAUGAAUAACGCUGUAUUUGGGAAGACUAUGCAAUCGAAGAGGAAGGAAAUGAAGAUGGAGUUGGUGUCAUGUGAGAUGAGGUUGCAAAAAGUAAUAAACAAAUGUACAUUUAAACACUGCACAAAUUACAACGAGAACCUUAACGCUGUAACGCUUGAGAACAAAUUAAUCAAAUUCGAUAAACCUAUAUAUAUUGGAUUUUCUGUAUUAGAUAUUAGCAAAACGUUAAUGUAUGAUUAUCAUUACAAUGUCAUGCAGAAACAUUAUGGAGAUAGAAUUAAGCUUAUGUACACUGAUACAGAUUCACUAGUGUAUCAUGUUCAGACGGAAGAUUUUUAUGUGGACUUGGCGGCUAACCACAACUUGUUGGAUAGGAUGGAUACUGCUAACCUGCCCAGUGACCAUCCGUGUUAUGUAGCAGAAAGAAAAAAGUCCCCGGGCUUCUUCUCCGACGAGGUGAACGCAAAUAUAAUUACUGAAUUCUGCGGGUUGAGAGCCAAGUCGUAUGCCUUCAACAUAUAUGCUGGACAAGAGGAUAAGGAGAAAGAUGAAAAGGACCGAGUAGGAGGAGAAAAGAUUAAGGCGAAAGGGAAGAUGAACCCGAAGAUGAUUAGCCUGGAAUAG